AAAAUAAGUAAACUCAUGUUAUUGCUAUUACAUUUAAGUUAAAGUAGCUGCAAAGCAUAAUAUAUAAUAACUACCUAAGUGAUUUCAUGUUACAUUUUAAUCUGCCAGGAUCAUAAUUGUUUUAUGCUUUUAGUUUUCGUGCUAUUAUUUUGAUUAGACGACCAUUACUAUAACCCCCGUUCUCACCAAACGGUUACACUUCGGAUUAUCUCAUCACAUGAAUCAUUCUGAAGUGUUUUUUCAUCUUUUCCCGUAUGUAAGCUUGUAUUAGUAAAGGAAAAAUCUUCUUAGCAAAUGCUUAAUGUCUGUUAAACGAUCUCAAGAUGUGUUUUUCCUAAAACUUAUUCGUGUUAUUGAACUUUAAAUUUAAACUGUACACUCAAUUAAUUUUUUUCAUUCACCUUUUAUCCACGUUAUGAACCCCCACUAUUGUGUAAGCAGAUAUAAUGAUGAGUCUUCUAACAGGUGUCUUCAAUAACUUUUCAUAGUCGUUAAUGCUGCUACAAACUUGCCCUAAAUUUUAAUUUGUUUGAUUCAAAUUUGGAAUUUCCCAUAAAAACUGAGUAUAUUCUUUUGCAAAAACACACAAGACUCACGUCUUGAAUGCUUGAUUCAUCUGUAGUUGCAUCUAUGUUUAUUGCAGGUGUGGCUUUAGCAACACGGUUUGACUCAGACCUGAAGCUGUAUCCAAAAUCUGAAAGAGCAACUCAAUUGGCAGAAUGGGCUUUGUCAAAUACCAUUCAAAUAAAGGCAACAAUACUUCAGGAAGAUUACCAUGAUUCUGCCUCUAAGUUAUUUGACUUGAAGCCAGAACCCAUAGUUCCAAUUACUGAUAUGUUGCAUGUGUCUGGCCAGGUGUGUUAUAUUAUGAUACUAACAUAUGAUCCAUUUUAUAUUACAUUUUCAAGUUAUUCAUGUCUUGCAUAUGUACUUUGGAAUACAAUUAACACAAAUAAAUGAAUCUAAAACAUCAUUGACUAAAAGAAACUAAGAAAAAGUAGUAUUACUUGAACUCAUAACCUGAUAUUGCCAUUAAUAAAAUAGAUCCCUAGAAAUUAAAAGUGUCUAACAUGUAGUUAUUACGAGUCACAUAUUCCAGCUACUUAGGAACAAGAUGUUCUGGUAUGUUGUUAAAAAAUGUUAUGUAAUUAAACAUAUUUGAUUAUAGUAUUUCAUUAUAGUAUAAGUUGUAAGGUCAACAUGGACAAAAGGUCUUUUUGUGACUUCAAAAAAUCAACUCUUGGAAUUAAACAGUUUUAGCCCCCUGUUUAUAAUACUGAUACGAGUAAGAAUUUGACUUUAUAUUAACUAAAUCAACGUCAUAGUCAAGUCUACAUGCAGAAAAUCAUAUUUUAUUAAUUCGACAAUAUAACUUUUUCUAUGAUAUUAGUUAACUUGUGCAAUAAAUUAAAUAUACAGGGAAGCAUUUCCUGCAUCGUUG